CAACCGCGCCACGCCAGUGCAUUACAUGGACGAGGCGGGCCCCAACGUGCUGUGGAGCCUCCGCCCUUCGCGCGAGACGGACACGGGCUUCCACUACGGCGCCGACAUCUCGCUCCUCUCGCAGUUUGCCGGCGAGGAGGAGGUGCUCUUCCCGCCGUGCACCAUGCUGCAGGUGAUCGAGGCUGCGGACUCGGCCGCCGCUUCGGAGGCGGACGCGGAGGCGUCCGACAAGGCGCACACCGUGGCGGUCAACUCGCGCUUCGGCAACGGCCAGCUCAACUGGGGAGAGCCGCCCCCCGGAUUCUUCCCGCCCGCCGAGCAGGGGUCGGCCCCGCGGAAGGCGCGCCCGACGCUCGCCCGCCAGCUGAGCGUGUGGGUGGAGGAGUCUGUGGUGGGCAAGCCGAACAAGCCGAAGGUGGGCUUCUACGAGAUCCGCGUCCUGCCCACGUUCGUGUGAGGGAGCGGGCGCGAGCGGCGCGGGCCGGCGCCACUCUUGGCUGCUGGGGAUCGGGGUCCACCCACCGCACGGCGUGCCUUGCCGAGACAUUAUGUUUCACGCCCCUCUCAUAGGAAUUCCUAGAUCCGAGAGACGACGUCGUACGUUACGAGUUUGCAUCGUCAACGGUCAACGUGGAACUGGGUUACGUUAAAUAAAU